CGUUGUUCAGUGUGUGUGUCGCCGUCGCCACCUCUUGACAAUGCAGAUCUUUGUGAAGACCUUGACUGGCAAGACCAUCACCCUUGAAGUGGAACCCAGUGACACCAUUGAGAAUGUCAAGGCAAAGAUCCAGGACAAAGAAGGCAUCCCCCCAGACCAGCAGAGAUUGGUCUUUGCCAGAAAGCAGCUGGAAGAUGGUCGCACCCUGUCUGACUACAACAUCCAGAAAGAAUCUACCCUGCCCUUGGUCCUGCGCUUGAGGGGAGGUGUCUAAAUUCCCUCAAGUUUCUUUCAAGCUUUUGACUAAUUUCACUGCACUUUUCUUUCAAUAAAGUUGUUGCAUUUCC